AUGCCUAUAGUUGGUUCGCACUUAUGGAAUACGAAGAAUAAGCAAAAACGAGAUUCGCCAGAGUUGGAUUACAUAAUUUACAAACAAUUUAGCUAAAAAACUUCCAUGUCAUAAUAACUAUAAAUGUGCCACAUUCCGAUCGUGAAUUCUUUCACGAAUAGCUACAUCGUACCCUUGUGACAUAAGCUAUAUUUACGUGUGCAAAGUCGCUAGAAGUAGUACAGCUAGUUAUUAAUAUACAUAUAUAUACAUUUUUAGAUGUCAUUCAAAGAGGGUGAACAUCCUCUGUAUCCGUUCACGGAGAAAGAGAAACUAGAGAUAAGAAAGCAGCUGGGUAUGAAAGAGUCGACUAUACAGGACGAUAUUGACGCUAUCAUGGAUUGGUUCAAGAAGCAACCACAUUUGGUGGACGCUGGUAUAACUAGUGCUAUGGUAGAGCGGAUUUUAAUCAUCGCUAAAGGAUCCCUUGAGAAGACAAAACAGAGGAUAGACGGAUUAUAUAAAUACAGGUCCCUUGCUCCAGAAUUAAUACAAAAUAGGGAAAAGGAAUUGUCUCCUCACUGUGGAGAUUUAUGGUCGUUUUACCGUCAAGCUGCCAUGCCAAAACUAUAUAAAGGACACAGAAUAUCUGUUAUAAAAAUUGAUAAUCCGGAUCCUAAUAGCUUUUUUGUUGAUGUUUUGUUUAGAAACACAUUUAUGUUAGGAGAUAUAAGAUUACAUCAUGAUUAUAUGUUCGGUGAAAUUUGGAUUAUAGAUAUAGAACAUGCAGUAAUAGGACAUUUAUUAAGGCUCAACCCGAUUAUAAUGCAUAAAACGGCCCAAAUAUUUCAGAUAAGUACGAAAAAGAAUUCAAAACCGAGAGAACUUCUCAAUUCCUAA